GGCUUGAGUGUGUUCUACCAUGCAGCUGCAGCCUCUUUUUAGAUGCCUCAGGACGCUCAUGUGCCCAUGUGAGCCAGACCUCCAGACCUUCACCUCUUGGGGGGCGUCACAUGACGACGCAUGCAAAUAAUUUCCACAAAGCAAACUAAACCUCAGAGUUCAAAAUAAUUAAUCAGCCUUUCAUUCAAGACACCUUCUGCACCUAACCGUCUUCUGUCCUGUUUUGUUGACACGACCCCCAGAUAAGAUUUGUAGAUGCGUCGGUGACUCCCCUCGCUUCAGAAUGGACUCGUCCGGUUCUCAUCACCAGAGCGAAUCGAUAGUUAAAGAAGGCUGAAUUUUGCAGCUCUGUUUCGGCUCCGACUGUUGUGACAUCACGAGUCUUCAGUGGGGGAAACAAUGGAGGAGCAAAAGCUGAAAGAUCCUAUUAAUAAAGUGUCCCUAAUCAAAGAUGAGCUGAGCAGGAGCACUGUGGAGGCCAGUGAGUCUGAGAAGGUCAUCCAGCGGCUGAACCAGGAACUGCAGGAGGCCAAUGAACAGCCCAACUCCAGCAAAUACAAAUGUGUUGAACUUCAAGGUCUACUGGAGGAGGAGAAAAGAGCCAAUAAGCAGCAGGCAGAGGAGUCAGCAAAACAGAUGAAGGUCUUACAGACUCAGCUCCAGAAGCUCCAGGAAGAGAUGGAAAACCUCAGGGAUCAGAAGGACAGCGCAGUCUUCAGCAUGAGACAGGAAACCCACGCGGCUCAGGAGGAAGUGCAGGUGCUGCGUCGCACUAUGGAGAAAACGGCAGCAGAGCGAGAGCAUGAGGUCAGUGCGCUGAAGGGGAAUCUUGCAACGCUCACUUCAGAGCUGGAAAAAUGGCAGCAGGCAGCAAACAAGUACGAGCGCGAGCUUGAAAGUGUACAGGCAAGUCACCUGCAGCAGAACCAGCAGAGGGACAGAGCCACCAAACAACAAGCGGGCGAGCUGGAGAAGGUGCAGAAGGACUGUGAGAGCCUGAGGAGGGACUGUGCAUCUCUGAGGUCAGAGAGAGAGCAGCUGGCUGAUAAACAGCAGAAAGAGAAGGCCAGUCUGCAGAAUGAGAACAGCAGCCUGCGCUCAGAGAAAGAACAGCUACAGAAGAAACAACAGCAGCUGGAGAAAGAGCUGGACAGCUCCAAGAAACAGAACACCAGCCUGAGCAACACGGUCAAGAGCCUGGAAAAGACGCAGGCCGACCUGGAGAAGCGUCUGAGCGUCCUGCAGGAGGAGCACCAGAGAGACAACGGGCAGCUGGAGCAGAGCAACAGCAGGAUCAAAGAACUGCAGAAAGAGUAUGAGGAGAUGCAGGCAGAGCUGUCGGGCCUGAGGGGGAAGUUUGAGAAUGCAGAGGAGGAGAAACGCUCCGUCAGUCUGGAGCUGCAGCAGAGCCAAGAGCGCCUCAGGCUUAUGCAGGACAAAGACAACCAUCUGUCUUUAUUGCAGCCCAUCCUAGCCGUAGCCAUCGGCCUUGUCCUGGCUUUGCUGUAUUGGUGCUUGGGCCCAUUGUGGUAGAAAGGGAAAAUGGAUCAGAUGGAUGCCUGUCGCCGCUGUAACUGUUGCUGUGACAGGAUAUUUGCUUUCAAAGUCCUCAAAAUGAAGCACGUGAUGAACCAGUAACAAGCACACGCACCUGACAUGCACACCUAGCAAACCUUUCUCAGAUGUCUUGACUUUUUUUGUCCUUUUAGUCCGCGGGAUGUUAGUUUGAGUAAUGAGUAUUUAAAAGCAACUUCUUACUCAAAUGUUAAAGGGAGUAAUAACGUGAGAACAUUUCCCAUCUUUUUUUUUUAAAUUAGAUGUACUGUUUGCAUAGCAUUUGAAGUAUCUGGCUAAUAACAGGUAUUUUAUUGAGCACUGUUGCUUUUGCCAAACAAACAUUUAGUAAAUUGCCUUAACCUUAGAUGAGCAAAAGUUUAUACCUCGCCUGAAUGAGAGCUGACUGAGCAUCGCAGCGCCCACUGCAAUAACACAUUUCAGACAUUGAUGGAUCCGUUUAUGUUUUAACUCACUCAUAUUUUCUGUGGCCUGAAGGCCUGUUUUGCCAUGUAACCUGUUUGUGUCUUUGCACCUUAUACGAAGCCAUUAGUGAUUAGUCUAUGCACUGUACUUUAUUGUUAUAAGGGUUUGAUGUGUUAAUGAUAAUGAUGUUGAUGAUGAUAAUAAAUAUUGUACACUUAGGAGAUUAGAGUGCUAAUGUUCCCUAAAGAGAGCUGUUAUAGAGUGUUUAUGAUUUAUGUUUAUUACUUGUACAGAGAUUUAAGGAUCCAACUACCUGAUCUAAAAAGCGUGCUAUCUGCAAUAAAUGAGCAAAAGGGAAGUUCAA